AUGGGAAGACGCUUAUUUGAACUGCAGAAACUAGAUUAUAAAUGUGGACACAGUGGCGUGUCGGGCACGAGAUCACCGAGGCGUAACUGCAAUGUAAAUAUAAUGAAUAACUCACUUAAUUCUCAGCUCAUCUCACCAAUUCACCCUCGGCCAGCAGACACCAUGAAGACGGUCGGUUUUACCAACGCUACGCCUUUCCUCAACAUCACCGAAAAAGUAAUCGACGUGGAAGCUACGCAAGAAUUACUGCGUCUGGUGGGUACAUCGGUUAUCGGGUGCUUGCUCACUUUCGUUAUACUGGUCGGAAAUUUAAUCGUGCUCGUGGUUUUCCGGACAGACCGUCAACUUCGCCGCAAAAACUACUACUUUAUAUAUAACUUGGCUAUAGCUGAUUUCAUUGUCGGUUUGAACUCGGUACCUGGAUAUACCGCUUAUCUUGCCAUUGGUUAUUGGCCGUUCGGGCGCAUAGCAUGUGAUAUUUGGCUGAUCAUAGACUACGUGGCGUGCGCUGUAUCCUUAUUUACUAUUAUUGUCAUUACCGUUGACAGGUAUAUGUCUUUGUCUAAUCCUAUUGCACACGUGACUAAUAUGCCAAAAUCUCGCGUUCUUACCUGGAUCGUCACCACAUGGGCCAUAGCUAUUGUAUUAUACGGAUUACCUAUAUUCUUAUGGCCCCGAAUUCACGGGUUCUAUGAAUACGCACCAGAAACCUGCGUCAUAGAUUAUCUCAGUCACACCUGGUUCACGUGGAUCCAGACUGUUUUAGGAUUCUGGCUACCAAUGUCAGUGCUCGUAGUUCUAUAUAUCCGCAUAUACAUGUUUGCUAGUCACGUGACUUUGAGAAAAAGAAAAUACCACGCGAAGUUUGUUGGUCACGCGAAGAAAAAAAGUUCGGAGUUGAAAGUGACAAGUAUUUCUGAUAAAGUCCACCAGUCCUAUUUGUCAUCACCCAGUGGAUUGAAAGUGAAUUUUUCUGAGACAGAACUGGAAAUGUUUUUUGAGUCAAAAGGAGCGGUGAAGAAGCAGCACGACGAAGGUACAAUAUAUGCCGAGGAUAAAACGGAUGAUCUAAACUAUCGUUGUAUGUUGGGCACAGAGACAACACCAUCAUUUAUGUAUAUUAAUCAAGCUUUUCGCGACGACACAUCGAUACAUCACUCAACAGCUGACCAGAUAUUGUCUUCAGGUACACUGAUGAGCUCUCUAAAACACCGCGCGUCAACUCUAGGCUAA